GAGUUGUGUUAGCAGAGUGAACCGCUAACAACAACAACCCGUCAGAGUUUAGCUCAGUAAGCGGAGGAGAGGCGGACCGAGCCCGGAUACAGCUGCUGCUCUGUGGGGGGCUUAGAACCGGGAAUGAAGCCGAGAACAACAACAACAGACCACCUGUGCUGACGCUAACAUGGCGCCCAAACAAACCGCUAAGCAGAAGCGCGAGGCCAAACGCCACGCGCGUGCAGCUGAGUCCGACGCAGCGCGAGCCACACGCCUGGUGGGCGACACGGCACGCAAGACCAAACGCCGAGCGGAGGAAACGCCGGAGAUGCGGGCGGAUCGCCUGGCUAACCACGCCGCACGCAUUGCUAAACUGAGAGCAAAGGAAACGCCGGAGAUACGAGCGCUGCGCUUGGCGAGCAACGCUGCGCGCACAGCGGCCUCGAGGGCGCAGGAAACGCCGGAGAUGCGAGCGAUGCGCUUGGCGAGCAAUGCUGCGCGCACAGCGGCCUCGAGGGCAGAGAAGGUGCAACAGAUGCGAGCGGCACGCCUGGUGGGGGACGCCGCACGCCUACAGGAAGAUUACAGCGCACGCCUGCAGCCGGCACCCCAUGUCGAUGCGAUGGAGUCGAGAGGGCCGCCGACGGUCGGCGGGGUUCUGCAGCAGCACCACAUCGGCGUCUCCCGUCUCGCUUUGCCUCCAGACGACAUAAACCAGAUUAUUAUUAAAGAGGAGCAGCAGGAGUGUAGCUCCAGUGUGGACCAGCAGGAGCCAGAGCCCCCCCCACACAUUAAAGAGGAACAGGAGGAACUGUGGAGCAGUCAGGAGGGAGAGCAGCUUCAAGGGCUGGAGGAGGCUGAUAUCACCAAGUUCCCAUUCACUCCUGUCCCUGUGAAGAGUGAAGAUGAUGAAGAGGAAGGUAGGAACAACGUUAACAGGGUUUUUAGGGAGGGAGUGGGGGUGGGGGGACAGAAACAAGCUGCAAAAUACAAGGUAGGUGAUCUAGAGAACCUCGAGGAGUAA